AGGGUUUUUGGGUCCCUUGCCUAGCCCCAAGGGCAAGAGGGUGCCUGAGUUGCUCACCAGGCAGGUGGACGGCCGGAGCACGUUUUUGUCUUGUUUAUGGCGGCUUAUUUAGCAGCAAGCCCCGCUUUGUUCAAUGGGACUUGCUCCCGAGUAAGGGCGCGAAGGAUUGCGACUGCAGAAUACGUCUCAGUUCAUAUCCGUGUGUGUCCCCCUCAAGGGGCAGAUUUAGGGUUAUCAGCCUCCAGAUAGUGGCUGGAGAUCUCCUGGGAUUACAACUGGUCUCCAGGCCACAGAGAUCAGUUCACCUGGAGAAAAUGGCUACUUUGGAGGGUGGACUCUAUGGAAUUAUGCCAUGCCAAGGUCCUUUCCCUCCCCAAACCCCACUUUCUCCAGGUUUCACCCUCAAGAUCUCCAGAAAUUUCCCAACUUGGAGCUGGCAACCCUAGGCAGACUCUGCUUAAUACAUUGUGGGUGGCAGGGCAUCCUUGCCUGUCUCCUCAGUGUCCUUGUCCGUAAAAUGGAAAUCACCUCCUAUUCAGGCACGAUUCGAUGACCAAUGCUGCUAAGGUGCCAAAACAUCUCAUGCAGCUGGGGAGAUGUUCAGGGCAGGCAGAAUAAUAUUAGCGAUUUGCUAAUGUUACCGGAGCAUUGCUAUUUGUUCAGCUUCUGUUCUCUGGAUUCUACAGGAAAGGGGACAUUUGGGCCAGGAUACAAUGUCCAUUGGAGCAUGCUGGCAGAUACGUUUCAUAGGAGGAUGGCACUGUCUUUAACAGUUCUUGGAAAGGGGCUUUUGACAGGAGCAUCUGGUUCUGUGGUGAUUGCUGAUCCAGUGACCUGUGAUGAAAUGUUUGACAGUCUAGCUAGAAUUCAUACCAACUAUUAUAAAAACAAGUAUCCGCGCUGGAAAGAUACCAGCUUCACUGGCGUGACAGUGGAAGAAUGCAAGAUGGUCCUUGCAACAGAUAGUUUGAAGCAGAUGGAAGAAGCAAAGAAAGGAAAAUGGACCAAACUUCGUGAGAAGUUCUCUGCCAAGACUCCGGAGGAAGAUUCUAAGUGAUAAUUUCAGUUCUGACAAAUUAGUGUAUUUUGCCUGUAGUGAUAAACCACCUUGAAAGAGUGUUAUUCAUUUACACAUGUCAGCUUCCUUAAUCAGAGUGCUGGUUUGGGAAUCUCAAGGACAAUGCUGGAAUAUUGGUGAUGAAAAGUUAUUCUGAAAACAGCAACGUAACAAUGGUUACAUAGAUUUGGGGAGACUAUUAUUUGUUGUAUUUACAAUAUAUACAAGUGACACAGUU